CAGGACUCCUGGGUUCUCUCUCCGGCUUUAACCCUCCCCCCCACCUCACACCAGGGCCCAUGACAUCUACGCGGAGGAUUUCAUGGUCACGGACCUCAAAUACCUGCCCCGGGGCUGCAGGUUCAAGGACGUGCGGGGUCUGCUGAAGGCCUCCAGCCUCAAACAGUUCCCCCUGGUGGACUCCCAAGAGUCCAGGAUCUUGCUGGGCUCCAUCCGGAGGAAGCAUCUGGCCAAGCUGCUGUCUGAGCAGCUGAGCACGGAGAAGCGAUUCCAGUAUCUGCUCAGCCAGUCCGAGGCGAACAGCCCCACCCAACCCGAGUCUCAUCUGCCGCCCGCCCCAGAGCUGCUGGGGGAAGACGGAGCUCCGGGGACCCCAGAGGAGAAACCAGAAGCGCCGAAGGUUUCUGUUGAGCCGGGCGACUGGGAGACAUCCAAGGAGGAGGAGCGAGGCACCCAGCUGUCUGUCAAGAUGAAGGACGUGCGUCACUUGGAUGCUUUGCUCCGGCUGCAGGUGGAGGACUGGGAGUGCCAGCAGCUGCAGGAGCCGGUCCGGCUGGAGGAGCUGCCCAUUGACCCGGCCCCCUACCGCCUGCUGGAGAAGGAGACCCUCUACCAGUGCUACGACCUUUUCAACUUGCUGGGCCUGCGGACGGCCUAUGUCACCAAUGUGGGCCGGCUGGUCGGGGUGGUGAGCCUCCGAGAGCUCAAAGCCGCGGUGGAGGGGUCGGUCAAGGGCACCUUCGUCAGGCGCCGGCCCCACAACGGGGGGCAACGCGAGGGGGACCCAGACCCCAACGGAGCCUCGGCCUAGCAGGGAUCGGAGCAUCCGGCCUCCCCCGAAACCCGGAUCGUGAGGCAGGGCAGGGGAGAGAAAGCCCCCCCACCAGUGCCCCGUCUUUUCUCUCUCGCCCCCCGCGUCCCAGCUCCAAUACCCCCCCAGUGACCCCUAAAUUAUUAACCUCAUUUUCUGGAGCUGCCCCCCCUGAACCCUCCCAAUCACCCAGUA